AUGCAGUUUAAAUCAAGUGAUUUUUUAUCUUUAAUAGUGUUUGAUAAUUCUUUAAAAUCCAUGCUGUCUGUUAUGGAUUCUACCAUACAUUUUCAGGAAUCUCUUCCUGAUUUUGACGAUUUUGUGCUAGAGAGUUUUGAUAAUGAUCUGUUUUUCAAUGACGAGUUUGCUGAAGAUUGUUCUGAAAUAGAUAAUGCUUCCCAAUACAACUACAUAGAUAUUUCCCAUUCUUACUGUGAAACCUUGAAGCCACUUGAAGAAUAUCACUCGAUUACCGACAACAUUCCAAAAUUUAUAUCAACACAUGACAAUGUGCAAUCAGUGCCACAAAUUAAAAAUUCUGACCAUAUGAUUGCGAUUGCUAAAUAUAAAACUGAUAAUUUCUUUAACAAUUUUUUUGACGAAUUUUGCUUUCCACAACAAAUUGAAGAUAACAAAGAAAAAAUAAUUCACAAGAACGAUGAAAUAAAUCACAUUCUAUGGAAUAAUAAUUUUUCCACAACAGAAAAAAUUGAAUGUUCUAAGAAAACUCAUGGAGAACGAUCUAAACGAGGACGUCCUAGAAAAAACCCCACGGAUCACCUUUUAAAAGUUAAGGAUGGUAAAUUUUCUAAAUCCGAAUUAAAAAUUGCAAGAAACAACGCAGCUUCAAUGAUAUACCGACACAAAAAAUCGGAUGCAAAAUUUGCAUUACAAGAGAAAGAGGAUAAGGAAGCAGCAAGAAAUGUUAAAUUAAGAAAAAGACAUGAGCGAUUGGAACAAAAAAUAAAAAAAUUUAAGUGUUUGCUUAACUAUGGUUCUUAA